CAGGAAGCUCUGUGCAGGGGAGGACUUGGCCCGGGGAGAAAUGAGCCCCCGGGGAGAAGGGAAGAGAAGGCGUCCCCACCCACGCCUGCCCUGCGCCUCUUCCCAGCCUGGGAGACCUCGGCCGCCUGGGAGGGGUCUGUGCCUGCCCACAGCCGGCCUCCGAGGUCAGCCCAGGCCAGGGAGACGGUCCUCUGAAAAAUCAGUCUUUCUUUUCCUCUCCAGCCAGAUGGCCCGGCCGCUGUCCACCCCCAGCCCUUCACAAAUGCAAGCCAGGAAGAAACGCAGAGGGAUCAUAGAGAAACGGCGCCGGGACCGCAUCAACAGCAGCCUUUCUGAACUGCGGCGCUUGGUCCCCACUGCCUUUGAGAAGCAGGGCUCCUCCAAGCUGGAGAAAGCCGAGGUCCUGCAGAUGACGGUAGAUCACUUGAAAAUGCUCCACGCCACUGGCGGGACAGGAUUCUUUGAUGCUCGAGCCCUGGCAGUCGACUUCCGGAGCAUCGGUUUUCGGGAGUGCCUUACCGAGGUCGUCAGGUACCUGGGGGUCCUGGAAGGGCCCAGCAGCCGUGCAGACCCGGUGCGGAUUCGCCUUCUCUCCCACCUCAACAGCUAUGCAGCCGAGAUGGAACCUUCACCCACACCUGCUGGGCCCCUGGCCUUUCCUGCCUGGCCCUGGUCCUUCUUCCAUAGCUGUCCAGGGCUAUCUGCCCCGAGCAGCCAGCUCGCCAUCCUAGGAAGAGUGCCCGGCCCCAUCCUCCCCGGCACCUCCUCUCUGGCUUACCCCAUCCCGGCCUUCAGAACCAGUCCCUUGCGCAGAGCCACUGGCACCAUCCUGCCAGCCCGGAGGAAUUUGCUGCCCAGUCGAGGGGCAUCUUCUACCCGGAGGGCCCGCCCCCCCGAGAGGCCAGCCGCGCCCCUGCCCCCCAGUGGCAGGGCUGCCAGGAGCAGCCACAUGGCACCCCUCCUGCGAUCCUCUUCCCCCGCCCCUCCUGGCAUUGUGGGGUCUCCUGCUUAUGUGGCUGUUCCCGGGUCUUCCCAGGGGGCAGCUGGGAGGCCAGCAGGAGCUGUGCUCUGCCACUCCUGGGUCUCUGAAAUCACUGAAGUCGGGGCUUUCUGAGCUGGCUUUGCCCCCAGGAAUGAGGAGAGUUCUUUUUCCAGGAGCUCUAAAGAUGGCGUUGCCUUUUCUGCUCUGUUUUCCGGACUGGUUCAUAUAUGAAGGUGUCUUCUUCACCCAGCAGAGGCCCCCUUCUCCUUUGGCCCCUCUCCCCUCCUCACUGCUUGUCCCCGCUUCUCCUGGGGCUGUUCUGAUCUCAGAAGCUUGGUCUCAUGUUUUCCCUGGAGAGAUGAGUCCCAGGAGAGCCCCCCAAGAGCUGUACCCAGACCCCUCUCCUGCCCCAGGACACAUGGGCAGUAGGCAUUAAUCUCAGGUUGGGGAACAACACUUUAACCUAAAAGGCACAAUGACCUAAGGCACGCUGCUCCCCUAGAGAUCAGACCCCAGCCAAGAGCAGUGACUGCCUGGCUGCAGCCUUCCCAGGCCCCCAAAGGUCGGAACAUAGUGUCUGUCUCACUUCCUGAGACAGUAACCACACAGGGGCCACAAAGAGGUCUCCUGGGAACCCUGUCUGCCCCAGCCUACCUGUCUCCCGCCCACUGCAGUGAACCCAGAACAGACCUGCUGUCCACCACGGCCAAGGCUAGGGACUGGGAGCCCAGCAGGGCCGGUUCCUGCCCUCUUGCCAGCUGCCGACACCUACCCUCCAGCUGACCAGCAGUUCCCUGCACACAGCUGGGAGGUCUCUGGGCUCCGUGACAGGGUGUACUCACCAC